CUACAGAGUGUGGUGGACAAUGCUGUUCUAUAUGAUGUCAAUCACAAAGUUAGUGCUUUUACCUUUGGGAACCUAAUGGAUGUCUUUAGCCAUAUCUAACUUCUGAGCCCAUAAAAUGACCCCGCCAGUGGCUUGUGAGCCCUAGAGUAAAAACAGGUCAGCACUCCUGAAGAUAGCACAAGGAUACUCAUCACAUGUUUCAAGAUCACUGUAAAUAUAAAAUUUUACAUAGUCACAUGUUUAUGAAUACCACCCAGCAUAUGUGUGCUAUUCAGUAGGUACUCAAUAAAUGCAUGCUGAUGAUAAUUUGGUUCUUGUCUUUUUUAGAUACAUCUUGGCUGAAGACGUACAGCAUUCACAUUCUUAUUGUGGACUCUGUGAUUUUCCUCCUUUGUCUUUCCCUCUUUCUAUUCUGCUUCCUUAGCCACCGUCAGAAAAAGCAGGGACUUCCAAACAAUAAGAGCCUGCAUCAGAGGUCACAGGAGAGGCUCAACCUAGCUACUAAUGGCCUGGAGAUGACAUCAGACAUAGUCACGGAUGACAGGCUUUGUGAGGACAGACAGACAGAAACUUGGACCCCAGUUGCAGGAGAUCUUCAGGAGGUGACAUAUGCCCAGCUGGACCAUGACUCCCUCACACAGAGGACUGUUAAAGCUGUGACCCCACAGAACAGAGUUAUCAUGGCUGAGUCCAGUACAUAUGCAGCCAUCAUGAGAUGCUGAGCCUGGGCAUCCUGGAGACACAAAUGGUCACUAUUGGAAAGCCUGAAGAAGCCACCAAAUGCUUCUCUUGGGAUCAGCCUAGUGUGGAAAGCUAGGUCCCUAUUCCCCACCCAGGAGUUGAAUUAUAUAUGUGCUAGUAUCAGCCCUUGGAAAGACUAUAUUGCAGUAGCUUUCAGAGUCCCAAUUACACUCACCUAGCUGUUUCCAGAGACACAGUUACAGUUCUUUAGCUGUUUCUUCAGACCCAUCUACAUCCCAUAUUAUUUAAUGAGUAGCAUUGUAUUUGUUCACCUGCCUUUACAUCCCCAGUUGUGUAAUGAGCCCAGUGAACCCUAAAGUCUUCCUUGGAUCUCUCUGCUGACUCUGACUACAGUGCACUCAUGUGAAGAUUGCUGUCUGUAAGCAGGAGAGGGCAGGUGAAAGAUAAGACAAGAGCCUGUGAUUGGACAGUAGAAAAGGAGGGCGGGCUGAUAGUUUUUGAGAGGCAGGACAGAGAGGAGAGAAGGGAGAAGAAAGGAGGAUGGAGGAA